GAAGAACGCGCGGCAGGCAGACCGGCCACGCCGCCGCCGCCGUAGCCGAUCCCUUUCGUCUCCCCGCCACCGCCCUCCUCCGGCUUUCCUCCCGCGACCCACCGACCGAAUCCGAUUGUCUUGGGGCUCCAGGCGGGGGAUGGGCGACCACUACCAGACGCUGGGGCUCCGGCGCGACGCCACCAAGGCGGAGGUCAAGGCCGCCUUCCGCCGCAGCGCGCUCCGUGACCACCCCGACCGCCACGCCAGCUCUACCGACUCGGCCGCCCGCGCGGACGCCGCCCGCCGGUUCCGCCAGGCGUCCGACGCCUACCACGUCCUAUCCGACGACCGACGCCGCGCCGAGUACGACCUCCGCCUUCGCGGCUCCGCGUCCUCCUACGCUCGCACCUCCUCCUCCGGCUGGGCUUCCUCCUCCUCGGCUCCGUACGGGUACGGCUACGGGUACGGCCACGGAGGUGGUUCGUGGCGCCGGACGCCUCCGGGAGCCGGUGCCGGCGCUGCGGCGGGAUCGAUUGAUUGGGAAUUCCUGCUGAAGGCGGUCACUCGGCGAGGGUUCCUUAUCAAUCUGGGGUUCGCCAGUGUAUUGCUUUCUGGAGCAGCUUUUCUGGAUGGGAGUAUUCUAGAAAUUUGGAAUAUGAAUAACUCUGGGAAAUCAUUUGAAGAUGUGAUCGAGUCGAUUGAGAAGGCUAAAAAGGAUGCAGAAAGGAGAUAGGUAGUAGAAGUUCGGGCGUUCCAUCGAUUCUUGGUACAUCAGUACAUAUGCUGACUUGCGAGGCAAUGUGCAUAUUUCUGUCCAGAUCCUAAUGUAUAGUUGUGAAUGUCUUUCACGAAGUUGUGCUUCAGCCUUGUAAAACCUUGCGUGGGGUCUCUGUAUUCUCCCCUCACAGGAACUGUACUCGCACUAUGUGGUUCUACUUCCAUGGCGGAAGAUCUGGUUAGACUGUAAUUCAUUUGUUGAUGGAAAUAAGUAAUUAUGCUGAACAAAUGACUGCAAUUCACGUAGGCUUUGAGGAAAACUAUAUGGACUUUGCAGCUUUGCUACUGUUCAUGGCAAGGAGGGAAAUAGCAA